UUUCGUCGCGGACCGGAAGCGCUUGUCGCCGGGGUCUCGGGGUUGCCGUGACAGCGGAAGAUUCGAGUCUUCAAAGGCUCGUUGCUGAGGGAGGCGAGUCUUGUAAACGGCGGCAUCCGCACCACCUCCCGGGGCCUAGUCUCAGCGUUGUAAGUCGACUAAUUUAGCGGAGCGUCCUCCCGGUGACCUCCCCGGCUCCGGCCAUGGAGCGCGCCGCCGCUAUGACGGACAUGUACGACCAGGCGUUGCUGGGCAUCUUGCAGCAUGUGGGCAACGUCCAAGAGUUCCUGAAUAUUCUCUUCGGCUUCCUCUACCGCAAGACAGACUUCUACCGCCUCCUGCUGCAGCCAGGGGACCGGCUGGGUUUCCCUCCUGGCGUGGCGAAGAGUAUGACUGUCAGGGCAUUCAAGAAUUUUGAAGAUUUGGCUCGUCAUGAUGAUGAGAGAAGACAGCACGAACUUGAGGAGAAGCUGAAGAAGAGGGAGGAAGAAGCUGCAACUGUGGCAGAGAGGAUGAAGGUACCUGUUGUAGCUGAGGAGGUUGAGAUCAGCUCAGCAGCGGAGCAGAACUCUGCAUCAGGUGAUGAAAAGGCUGCUGAAGCGCCAGAGUCUGCAACAGUACCAGAGAGGGUAGAAGCAGAAGCUGCCAGCACAGUGGCAGUUCCCCAAGUAGCAGCUUGUCCUGUAGAAGCUCAGCCAGCAGAACCGCCAAAGAAACAGGAACAGUUCCAGGCGAAUCCUGACAGUUACAAUGGAGCUGUGCGAGAGAAUUACACCUGGUCCCAAGACUACAGCGACCUGGAGAUCAAAGUGCCAGUGCCAAAGCAUGUCCUGAAAGGCAGGCAGGUGUCUGUGGAUAUAGGCAGUAGCUCAAUCCGUGUAGCAGUACAAGAGAGAAAUGGACAAUGUGUGCUCAUGGAAGGCACCCUCACUCAUAAGAUAAACACAGAGAAUUCUGUCUGGAGCUUGGAACCAGGGAAGUGUGUUCUUCUUAACCUGAAUAAAGUAGGCGAAUACUGGUGGAGUGCCAUCUUGGAAGGGGAAGAGCAGAUUGACAUAGAUAAAAUCAACAAGGAGCGUUCAAUGGCUACUGUGGAUGAAGAGGAACACGCUGUGUUGGAUAGACUGAGUUUUGACUACCACCAGAAGCUGCAAGGCAAGCCCCAAAGCCAUGAGCUGAAAGUCCACGAGAUGCUGAAGAAGGGCUGGGAUGCUGAAGGCUCCCCUUUCCGGGGCCAGAAGUUUGAUCCUUCCAUGUUCAACAUCUCUCCUGGGGCUGUGCAGUUUUGAUGAUGAGCGAAUCACCAACAUGCCAGGGAUAGCGGGGACGAAGCAGAUGCCAUUGCCACACUCCUCCUGCUUGCCAAUGACGUCAAACAGCCUCUUUUUUCCCCCUUUUUUGUUUUUGGUUCCUGCCAUUGUCAUCUGGGUUUGUUUGCAAAACGACAGACUUAAAACAACCAGUGUGUGGGUUUGGUUUUGGGGAGGGGACAAAGAGGGAGUGAAGUGUAAGUGUGGGUGAGUCCUUCCCUCUGGCAUCAGGUUGGCAGAUUUGAUAUGCGUGUGGGGGAAGCCUAGCAAAAGCAGCAUUACGUACUGUGUUGCCACGGCAACCAGUGGCUACUGGUAGCGUCUUCCCUUCUCUGCUUGUUAAUGGAUUCAUUUGCUACUUGGGGGGGGGGGCAGCGGCGUGGUGGCAGAGUCAGUAUUCCCCCUUCCUGCUUUUUCAGGAAUAGGUGCAGCUUGGUGAAAUGAUGGCAGCUUUUCUGUCUUGCUUAUUUGAAGCUGCAUUCUGUCCCUAGUUCCAGCAUUUAAGAAACCUGAUCUCAAAGCACUGGGCAGUUCAGCCCUCUUUAAAACAUGGACAGUCUGCAAUAGUGUCAUUCAGCAGUCUCUAAAAUAUUAGGUUUGGUCCUAACAGUAGGAAGUAGUUGUUGCAGGAUCCUACAAAUAUCAGAGAAGGAGCCAGAGACACAGGAAAGCUGUAUCCUAUCAACAGUGGUCUGUAAAGCACAGGCAUGGGACAAAAAAUAAAUAAAUGGGGAGGGGGGAAAUUGGGGAAACCUUGUCCUUGUCAUCCUGAUUCCAAAACCUGAAUUAUUUUGGUGCCCAGAAAGCUGCAUUUCUGUGUUAUGGGCCUGAGUUUGUUGUUAGUUGACAAAAGCAUUUGGAAUAAAAUAUACCUUUUCCCUC